AUGAGCGUCCAGGAUGCAGUUGACGCCUCGGAGCAUUACGAGGUGUACAAUACUGACGACAUACCAUCGCUCUGCACCAUUGUCAUCGACACCAACCCACGAGCCUGGGCCGCCCUCACCGAUGUCCUCCCCAUCUCCAAAGCGAUAGCGAACAUCUUGGUUUUUGUCAAUGCCCACCUCGCAUUUAGCAACUCGAACCAGGUCUCCAUCAUAGCCGCCCAUACCAACCGCGCCGUCUGGCUCUAUCCAGCGCCGCCAAGGCAGGGUCGUUCUCAGGAUGUCGAUAUGCAAAAUGCUGCCAGCGACAGCAAAUCCUCCUCUGCCAAUAAAUACCCCCAGUUUGCCCAAAUAGAAAACUCCCUCCUAACUUCUCUCCGCGCCCUCAUAAACGACACUACCGAUGCCGACCUCGCCUCGACAACGACCCAAAUAUCCGGCGCCCUGACCCUCGCCCUCGCCCACAUCAACAAAACCGCCCUGUCCUUCACCGCCUCCUCCACAGCCGCCCACGCUGCGACGAACACCGGCACCGCCAUGACAGCAGGCACCGCAGUCGGCCCGAACCCCGUAUCAAGCACGUCUAUGAACGGCGGUGGCCUCGCGGGCCUACACGCACGCAUUCUGAUCCUCUCGGUCAGCGACAGCGCCCCGGCGCAGUACAUCCCCACCAUGAACGCCGUGUUUGCCGCCGCCCGCGCCCGCAUCGCCAUCGACACCCUCUCCCUCCGCGCCGCCGAGCCACGCGGGCUGCUUCAGUACCUCAUGUUCGGCUUCGGCAGCGGGACUGCGCCCUCCAACCCGUCAGGCGGCGCAGACUCGGGCAAGGGCCCAGCCAGCUCCAAGACCGCCACCGCCGGCGGCCAAGGAACCACAGCAGCAGGAGGAAGACAUCCUAGAACAGCCAAGCUCGGGCUGGGCGCGAGCGUGGCGGAGCUGCUCGUGACCCCCAGCGCGGACGCGGUCGACUUCCGCGCGGCAUGCUUCUGUCACCGUAACGUGAUCGACACGGGCUUCGUCUGCUCCGUCUGCCUCAGCAUCUUUUGCGAGGUGCCCGACGGCGGCGAGUGCCUGACGUGCGGCACCGCGCUGGCCUUGGGGAACUACGGGAAGCGGCCGGUUGUGGCGGGCGGUAGCAGCAACGUCAGCAACGGAAGCAGUAGCAGCAGCGCUUCGCCGGGCGUUGGGCGGAAGGAGAAGAGGAAGCUGGGAACUAAUGGGGAGGUUUGA